GUGCAUGUGCCGUUUAUUGUAAUUCAUUAAUAAUUUUUUCAUAUAAACAUUAUAAAAAUGAAAAGGAAAGUUCCUGAUAUUGAUGGAGAAGAGUCAAGGUUAUCUAAUUUGCUUUUUAAUAAAUCUAAAAACAUUGUGGAGAAGUUACGAAGUUUAGAGCAGCUCGAGCCAGAUGUUGAUACUAAGCCCGCUUGGAGAGAUGAUGACGAUGAAGAAUUCCACUCGAAUAUCGUGCCAAAUGUCACAAACAAAGCUGCAUAUUCAGAGAAACUUAGGCAAAAGUAUGAAAAUCUCAUUGGAACACCUCACUGGGCCAAACUCGGUAAGAAACAAAAGCUUGAAGACGACGAUGAUAUCAUCAGAACAGUAGGACACUUGCAGAGAAAGAAAUCAACAAAUCUCCGAAAAGACAUUCUGGAUAUAAAAAGAUUUCCUAAGAUUAAUUCUGAGACUGGUAAUGAAGGGCCUAUUAUAUCUUGUGUCGAAUUUCAUCCUAAAGUUAGUGUAAGCUUGGUAGCAGGUCAAUCAGGUGUAAUUUCAUUGUUCUCCAUUGGUGGUGAUGUAAACAACAAGCUUCACAGUUUUAAAUUGAAGAAAUUCAAAGUGUCUGCAGCACAUUUUACCCCUGAUGGAUCAGAAGUGUUCAUCUCGUCUAAAGUAAACCACAACUACUGCAUAUACAAUCUAGUUAAAGCUGAGCCAAAACUGGUGCAAUUGCCACAGGUGGUGAAAAAACCAAGCAUAUUCCAAUUAUCAAAUGAUGGACAGUUUAUUGCUGCAACGAUAGGUUAUGAUGAAGUAUACUUGAUAUCUACGGUAUCUAGAGAACUUUUACGGUCACUAAAGAACAACACUAAAACUGAAUCAGUUGCGUUCAGUCAUGACAAUAAGCAGCUCUAUUGCUAUGGUACUCAAGGAGAAGUAACCAUAUGGGACUUGGCAACAUUUAGGGUGGUUAAAAAACUCUAUGACAAUGGUUGUGUAACUGCUUCUUGUAUUACUGCAAGUCAGUGUGGGAGGCUGUUAGCAACAGGCAGUGGUGAAGGCAUUGUGAAUGUCUAUGAAACCUCCAAAUUAACUACAACUGAUCCACUACCAUUGAAAAGCAUUUCAAACCUGAGAACCAAGAUUACCAGUCUUCAAUUCAAUUCUACAUCUGAAAUACUGGCUAUGUCAUCUGGAUACUAUCCCAAUGCUGUGAAGCUGGUCCACAUUCCUUCCUAUCAUGUGUUCUCGAACUUCCCCAAGCAAAGUUCAAAUCUGUACCAAGUUGACAAGGUCAGCUUCUCACCCAAUAGUGGGUUCAUGGCUCUGGGUAAUAAUAAAGGAAGUGCUUUUCUGUAUAGACUUAAACAUUAUAAGAAUUAUUAA